UAGAUAUUUGAGCGGCCUAGUUGGAUGUUCGAUUGGUUCCAUUUAAAUUGCUGUUAAACGUAAAUCUUAGCUAUUGACAAGGUCAACCUGCUGAUAGAAGCCACAACGCCGCAAAGAUGACGCAAAGAACCCAACUGCUGAUGCUGCUCCUUAUGGCAGCCACAGCAGCCAGUUUGGCCUCCAAUCUCACCCAGCUGAAUGUCAAUGAGAUUCCCCAGCGCUACGACGAGGCGCAACUGUGGAGGAUCUACAACAUCUCGGAGGCGAUGCAACACCGUGUGCCCGUCAGUCAAAUGCUGGAGCAAAAGUUCGGCGGCAAUAUCUGGAAGGAGAACUCCAAGUUCCUGGACAUCUCCAUUGCCAGGGAUCAGCUGAAGGCGGCGCGCAGCUUUCUAUCCGCCCACCGCCUGGAUCCCCAGAUUUUGUCCAGCAAUAUUCAAGCGAUGAUCGAUGAGGAGCUGCUCGAAGGCAUUCAGGGCAGUUCUUUCGGUUCCGGACGGAGAACGAAAAAGGCCGCGAGGAGCAGCAUGCACUGGAAGGACUACCAUGAUUUGGAGACCAUCUAUAGCUUUAUGCGGGAGAUCCGCAGCAAGUUCCCCAACAUUGUGCGAUUGUAUACCAUUGGCCAAUCGGCCGAGGGUCGUGAUCUGAAAGUGCUCAGGAUCUCGGAGAAUCCCCGGGAGAACAAGAAGGUCUGGAUCGACGGCGGCAUCCACGCCCGCGAAUGGAUCAGUCCGGCGACGGUGACCUUCAUCCUGUACCAACUGAUGUCCAACUGGGAGAACCAGCCGGCGCACAUCCGCGGCCUCACCUGGUACAUAAUGCCGGUGAUGAAUCCCGAUGGCUACGAGUACAGCCGGACGACGAAUCGCCUGUGGCGCAAGAAUCGCUCGCCAUCGCGACGCGCCCAGUGCAGCGGUGUGGAUCUCAAUCGGAACUUCGAUAUAGGCUGGAAUGGCUAUGGUUCGUCGACGAAUCCCUGCAGUGACACCUACCGCGGAUCCUCGCCAGCCUCGGAGCGGGAAACGCGUGCGGUGGCCGAGUUCUUGGCCAAGAGGAAGUACAAUCUGGAAUCGUACCUGACGUUCCACAGCUACGGCCAGAUGAUUGUCUAUCCGUGGGCCUACAAGGCGGUCAAGGUCAAGGACGCGAGUGUCCUGCAGCGAGUGGCGAGUUUGGCGGCCGAGCGAAUUGUCCAGAAGACGGGCACCUCGUACCGGGCGGCCGUUACCCACGAGGUCCUGGGCAUCGCAGGCGGCGGUUCGGACGACUGGAGCCGCGCCGCUUUGGGCGUCAAAUACGUGUACACCAUUGAACUGAGAGAUCGCGGAGCCUACGGCUUCGUCCUGCCGCCGCGCUUCAUCAAGGACACGGCUUUGGAGGGCUGGACAGUGGCGGAAACGGUGGCCCAGGCCAUCGGACCCAGUUCGUCCGGCUGAACGCCGCCUAAUCUCCACCAGAUUCCGGUGUAAUUUGCAAUCUCUGUUGCUCUUUUUUUUACACCCUGCCCCACCACCUUGUGUGCCUGAACUGUGUGCGAGUGUCUGAAGGAUUAUUUAUGUUUGUUUGUGUGCCUGUCUGUCUGUUUUGGUGACUGCGAGAAUGGAAAUGGAAAUGAGAGUGAGUGCUUGGGUGGGCUGCUGUAUCCUUGGAAUCCUGUACGGCGGACAAUAAACGAAUCUACGCUAUUUAUUACUACA